AGAAUAGCGUGUGCUCAAAUAGCGUUCACUUAGGAUCACUAGCACAUCUCUCGCUUCUUUUUUGUAAACGGCGAUUAUCUGUACCGUACUUCGCAGUGAGCAUUCAGCUAUUAAUAUGAAGUGUAAUAGGUGAUUGGAAAAUAUUUCGUAUCUGAUGAUCAAGAUAGUUGAGGAGUAUGUAACACCUAAUCGUUCGCUUCACAGAUCGCAGGAGCCAUCACACCAUUCAGAGUUCGUAUUCACUAUUCUCACGAGUUGCUGGACGUGUGCUUCUGUUUUUCAGUCCCACAUUUAUUUUCAAUGAAUAUACUUGUACUGUUUUUGUACUCCAGUUAUAUCGUGUUUCCACGCUUUUUCGCUUGGUCUAAGAGACGGUUUCCAGUGAAAAACACAAGUGAUAUUUCCACUGAUCUCGUGUUUUAUAAUACCUGUACUUGAAUGCAAGAUUAAUAAGUGCGUCUAGAAACAACCUAGGCAGUUCUUUCACAUUUCGAGGUAAACAGGUUGCAACUAUGUUUACAAAUGUAAACAUUGUUUGAUGAACGAUUCGAAGGAGACCUAAUUUUCUCAGAAAGCUUCCAUCAAGCUGAUGUAUGGUUAUUCAUAAAAUAUAAAAUUUGGUUAGAGAUCUUGUGAAUUUACUCUUACAGUUGAAACCACGAAAAGGAAUCCUUGACCCUGUAGGAGACCCUCAUUGCACUUUCUCAGUUAUCAGUAAGCAAUUUAUUAGAGGAUUCCCCAAUCUGUGCACAAGUGUAGUGUUAUAUACCUGCUCUGCUGGCUACUAUUUCAAUUCCGUGACAACUAUAAAAACUUCGACCUUUUGUGACUGAUAUAGCUUCCUAUGUAGAGGUAAUGCCACCGAUGAAUGUAGAGUGGAAAAUCUGCUUCAGCGUGUCGGUAAGCAGGAGCUGUCUUCUGGAGGCGAUAUGUAAGAAGCUUGAAAUAGUGUGGCAGAAAAUAUUAGACGGUGCAGUCAACAGCAAGCUAUCGUUGUUGGAGUAACUUUUGGUACAAGGCUGUACCUACCAGUCGCAGGUAAAUUCUGUAGUGUGAUUGAGCAGAAACAAGAAGACAGACUUUCUGCAAUUGAAUUUAUGGCAGAGUGAUUUUAAUGCCACCAUAUAAUGCAACCACAGUUUCUCAUUAAAGUUAUCCCGGGGAGCUUUAAAAGAACGACUAAUUUAAAACUAACAAGUUAUUCCAAUAUUUUAGGUGAGGCAUUGAAUUGCCAAUUUCAAUGAAAUUUAUGAAAUAUUUGUGAUCAGUAUGAAACGACAAAAUUGUCACUGCGUAUGAGAAAGAAGCAACGAGUGAGAGAGGCUCUGUAAAGACGUAAAAUAACACCUAUCGAGAUACAAAAGGUAGUUUAACUAGAGAUUAGGAACUAGAUAACUAGCUACGUACUCAGUGACCACGCCAAGCUCCUAAGAUUAUCAGCACUGAGCCUUUGUUGGUAAAACUAGAAGGUAGAAUACAAUGUUCAAGCUCUCCUUUAUUUUAUAUUGCAUGUUAGACAUCCUUAUAUAAAACUUCGUGGCCGUGAUUCAGUUACUUGUGAGUAAAUGAAUAUCGCAUUUCAUUCGUGUCUAAUAUCACCUGGUUAUCAAAUGUGCAGUUAACGACUACUGCUACUUUUGUGUAUGUAAAUUCUUAGUUUCAUAUCUGUGUAAAGUAUGUCUCGGUAAAUCAGGCAGAUGACGUCUGCAGCUCUGUAGCAUCGCAUGACAAAGAUUUACGAGAGGUUGCUAGUUCCGACGUCUUUAAUUCAGUUUGUUGUUCUUGACUGGUGGAACAUUAGGUUAGAAGGUAACUGAAGGUUAACCGCAUUGAUACCACUGUCAGCAAACUGCAGCAAGUCAUACUACAGAAGGGUAUGGUGGAGUGAGUAGAUCUCGACGCAGCCGAGAAGCCGUCUGCACGGGACUUGCACCUGUGUCUGUGUGCUCUGCACGAGACUGGAGUAGCAGGUGCUGAAUAUGACGUCACAGCAGGUGCAAUGGGCGGGAUGGCCGGUGCUUGUGGUGCUGGCGGCGCUGUUCUGGCCGCUGUGGCGGUGGUGGUGGGGGCGGCAGCGGCUGCGGCAGCUGGCGGCGCGCAUCCCGGGGCCCGAACCAUGGCCUCUGGUGGGCAACGCGCCGCUCUUCUGCAGGAAUCCCCAGCGCGCCUUCCAGACGGUGCUGGCGCUCAUAGAGCAAUACGGACCCACCGUCCGUGUCUGGAUCGGCUCCAAACUCUACAUCGUCGUCACUGACCCUCAGGACAUCGCGUGCGUGCUGGGGAAUUCUUCAGUGAUUUCCCGUGACAGCUACAUCAACAGACUAGCCAGCACUUUAAUGGGCCAGUCCCUGAUCACAGCCAGCGGAGAACUGUGGAAGGCGCACCGCAAGAUCGUCGCACCAGCCUUCAGCUCCAACGUCCUGCAGGUGGUGCUGGACUACCUGCUGGCGGCCACGGAGUCUGGCGGCCGCCUCAGCGAGACUGAGCUGCAGGACGAGGUGAACACGCUGCUGUCGGCGGGCUACGAGACCACGGCCACCACCAUCUGCUUCGCGCUGCUGCUGCUCGGGAUGUACCCGCGCGUGCAGGACAACUUGGUCGCAGAGCUGGACGCCGUCUUCGGAGACGACCCGCAGCGAACCCCCACAGCGGCUGACCUGCGGCGCCUGCAUUAUCUCGACGCUGUCAUUAAAGAGACGCUGCGGCUGUUCCCGCCGGCGCCGAUCAUCCACCGCGAGGUGGAGACGUCGGAGCUGAAGAUCGGCGGCUGCACGCUGCCGGUGGGCGCCUCGGUGCUGGUGCUGAGCUACUCGGCGCACCGCCACCCCGACCACUUCGACAGCCCGCAGCACUUCUGCCCGGAGCGCUUCUCGGAGCCGCGCGCGCGGCCGCGCCACCCGUACGCGUACGUGCCGUUCGGCGCGGGCCCGCGCAUCUGCGUGGGGCGCGCCUACGGCCUGCUGCUGGCCAAGGCGGCCGUGGCGGCCGUGCUGCGCCGCCUGCGCGUCGAGUCGCGCCUCAGCUGGCAGGACCUGCGCGGC